AUGGCGAAGCUAGCUUUGUUUAUCCCCUUGCUUACCGCAUGCCUAAUGGCUACCGUGGCAAGGGCACAGCAUAAUCCUCACUGGUGGGGCAACCGCAACACCAUCGUUCAUCUCUUCGAAUGGAAGUGGUCUGAUAUUGCCAAUGAGUGUGAGAAUUUCUUGGCGCCACAAGGCUAUGCUGGCGUUCAAGUGAGUCCCGUUAACGAGAACAUCAUCUCUGCGGGUCGUCCCUGGUGGGAACGGUAUCAACCUAUUUCCUAUAAGCUUAUCACACGCUCCGGCAAUGAGUUGGACUUUGCCUCUAUGGUCAGGCGAUGCAAUGAUGUGGGAGUACGCAUCUAUGUGGAUGUUCUGCUCAAUCACAUGUCCGGAGACUUUGAGGGCACUGCUGUUGGAACUGGCGGCUCUGUAGCUGAGCCCAGCAAGAAAUCCUUCCCAGCUGUUCCUUACACAGCUGCUGACUUUCAUCCGAGCUGUGAUAUAACCGACUGGAACGAUCGAUUCCAAGUACAGCAAUGCGAACUGGUGGGUCUGAAGGACCUGGACCAAGGCAACAACUGGGUCCGCACACAACUCAUCGCGUUUCUAGAUCAUCUGAUACAAUUGGGCGUGGCUGGUUUUCGUGUGGACGCGGCUAAGCAUAUGGCGGCCAGCGAUUUAAAGUUUAUUUACGACAAUGUGCGAGACCUGAACACGGAUCAUGGCUUCCCAAACAACGCGCGUGCCUUCAUCUUCCAGGAGGUUAUAGAUCAUGGGCAUGAGACUGUGUCACGUGAGGAAUAUAAUCAAUUGGGUGCGGUCACUGAGUUCCGCUUCUCGGAGGAAAUAGGCAAGGCGUUCCGUGGUCACAAUACACUUAAGUGGCUGCAAAGUUGGGGCACCGCCUGGGGCUUCUUGCCCUCGGAGCAAGCAUUGACCUUUGUGGACAAUCACGACAAUCAGCGCGACAGUGGUGAGGUUUUGAACUACAAGUCGCCCAAGCAAUACAAAAUGGCCACCGCCUUCCACUUGGCCUAUCCCUAUGGCAUAAGUCGCGUUAUGAGCUCCUUUGGCUUUGAUGACCGCGAUCAGGCGCCCCCACAAGAUGCCUCCGAGAACAUCAUCUCCCCCCAGUUUGAUGUGGAGGGAGCAUGCACCAAUGGCUGGAUAUGUGAGCAUCGCUGGCGGCAAAUUUACAAUAUGGUCGGCUUCAAGAACGCCGUACGCGGCACUGGGCUGAGCAAUUGGUGGGACAAUGGCGACAAUCAAGUCGCUUUCUGUCGUGGCUCCAAGGGCUUUAUCGCAUUCAACAACAAUAAUUAUGACCUGAAUGAGACGUUGCAAACCUGCCUGCCUGCUGGCACCUACUGCGAUGUCAUUUCGGGAGCCAAGUUGAACGGCGCAUGCGCCGGUAAGUCAGUCACUGUGGAUGGCAAUGGCUAUGCACACAUCAGCAUUGGAGCCAAUGAGUUCGAUGGUGUACUUGCCCUGCACGCUGACGCAAAAUUGUGAAACGCAGAGACGAUGUAUUUAUAAUAACGACAUAAAUG